AUGCUGCCAUUUAUUGGAUCCAUCGCUAGUAGUUGGUGUGCUGCUCUGCUGCGGCGCCAUCAAACCAUUCAGGAAGAUCUGGAUGGUGGAAUUCUAGCAAUAGUCGGUCUACAAAUGCCUGGACGGGGAAGAAGCGUCGUUCCGAAAGUGCUAGGAGGUGUGUCAAACAAGGACGAAGUGGCUUCUCAAGUAUCGAAUGUCGCUGAAGUAGCAGGCUUCUCUGUUGGCGACAGUACGGCUAACAUGAAUCGAAUGAUGCCUACCGAAGAUGUGCCUCAGUUUCGAGAAAUAUUAUCACGAAGUACGGAUUCACUGUAUCCGCCUGACAGUGAUCAAUUUGUGUCAAAUAUACGUCGAGAUUCUUGUGCUUCCAACGUACCCAUGCAUCGACGUCGAUCUUCGAUGCGUUCUCGUUCAACGAUAGAAGAAAUUAGCGCCGAGUUGUCCCGACGACCUUCCCAGUAUCACAGACCGGCUUAUGUAACUCCACGCAUCGAUCUCGUUUCAGGUCGGAGCAUUGACUUUUCCCAAUAA